CGGCGCUGAUCGAGUUUGAAUCUACUGCGAACCGAGCGGCGGAAAGUGAGCCAAAGCUUUCGAGGAAAAUUCUCGGGCCAGCUGAAAACACAGAAAAAGCAUCUUACAGAUUCGCGGCGCGUGAAGAUCCCAAAUAAAAACAAAAAGUAAAAGAUCUCGGUGCGGAAACAAAGAAAUUGAGGCAUCUCGGUUGUUUUGCGCGAGUGUGUGGAAUGUCAACUGACGGGUUGUAAAGGGAAACCCUGAAAUCCGAACAGCCAGCCAAAGCAAAUAAAGCUGUGAAUACGAAAUGCGAAGUACAACAAACAGAUACAGAUACAUUCACAGAUAGAGAAACAGAUACUGGAGAUGCCCCCAGAAGAUACGGCCAGUGAGUGGGUUUAAGGCCGAGGCAAACAUAGUGCGUAGCGCGAGUGUCGGUCGGAAAAUAUGUGGAUUACUUUCGAACCGUCAGCCGAAGGAGCCGCCGGGUGACAGGUGCAUCCCGCAGAUCAACGAGGACACCCGAGGACACCGAACCUAAAAUCCCAAAUCUAAAAUCCCAAAUCCCAAUCCAGGGUGUCAUGUGCCGCGGCAUUCGCAACGCAGCCACUUCAAACGACCAGGCGCGCCUCGAAUGCGGCAACACAAUUUUCAACAAGAACUCCAUCUACUUCAUCUACAAUUACCGAAGGAAAACAGUAGCCGUCGCGGGCCCAGAUCCAAAAGAACAUCCCUAUCAGAUAUUUACACAAGCGUUGUGAUUUAUUUGAAAAGCGAAACGAGCGCCAUAAACAUCUGUAAAUUGUGCAAAUAUAUCCAAGUGUAACCGAAAGCCGCUCGCCGCGAUAACGUCUCCCAUUCCCAUUCCCAUUCGGAUUUCGAUUCCGAUUUCGAGUCCCCGAUUCCGAUCCCGAUCCGAUCCCGUCAUAAAUUCAGUGGAACGAAAAGUGUACGAGACAGUUGGUCGCUCCUAUUUUGCUUGCUUUCCCGACCGGGCGAUCCAUCACACGGCUUUCGAAUUAAUAACCGAACACAUGUCGUAUCGAUAUUCGACUUGAGCGAUACGGGCCGGAGAUCCAAUAUCAAGCGAUACCACUCGACCAUAGGAAACUUUAUAAGACUGAGAGUUGCAAGCGACCAUGCGCGCAUGGCUUCUACUCCUCGCAGUGCUGGCGACCUUUCAAACGAUCGUUCGAGUUGCUAGCACCGAGGAUAUAUCCCAGAGAUUCAUCGCCGCCAUAGCGCCCGUUGUGCCACCGCUCCAGCUUCCGCUGGAGUCAGGAUCAGGAUCCGGAUCAGGACCUCGAUCUCGGCCAGGAUCGGCCGGAGCCAGCGCACCCAGCACAGCAUUAGCGAAAGCAUUUAACCCGUUCUUCAGCGAGUCCGCGCCGUUCAGUGAUAGCAGUGAUAAAAGCCAUUCGCCGACUAAAAAUAACAAAAACAACAAGCGAAAUAACAACAACAAGAAAAAUAGCAAAAGUGACGCGAGCCGAGAGUUCAACGAAGUGCAUAAACCAAGAACAGACCAAUUAGAAAAUUCCAAAAAUAAGUCUAAACAACUAGUUAAUAACCCAAAACCCAACAAAAUGGCUGUCAAGGAACAGAAACAGCAGCAGCAGCACAAGAAGCAGCGGCAGCACCACCACCAUCACAACAGCAACAGCAACAACAGUAACAACAACAACAACCACAAUCGGAGCCACCAGCCGAGCAGCCAAAGUGCAUCCACAGAAUCUCAUCAAUCCUCGAUUGAAUCCAUCUUCGUGGAGGAGCCGACGCUGGUGCUCGACCGCGAGGUGGCCUCCAUCAAUGUGCCGGCGAACGCCGCGGCCAUCGUGGCCGAGCAGGGUCCGUCCACCUACAGCAAGGAGGCGCUGAUCAAGGACAAGCUCAAGCCGGACCCCUCCACUCUAGUCGAGAUCGAGAAGAGCCUGCUCUCGCUGUUCAACAUGAAGCGGCCGCCCAAGAUCGACCGCUCCAAGAUCAUCAUCCCCGAGCCGAUGAAGAAGCUCUACGCCGAGAUCAUGGGCCACGAGCUCGACUCGGUCAACAUCCCCAAGCCGGGCCUGCUGACCAAGUCGGCCAACACAGUGCGAAGUUUUACACACAAAGAUAGUAAAAUCGAUGAUCGGUUCCCGCACCACCACCGGUUUCGCCUGCACUUCGACGUGAAGAGCAUCCCCGGCGACGAGAAGCUGAAGGCCGCCGAGCUGCAGCUGACGCGGGACGCGCUCAGCCAGCAGGUGGUGGCCAGGUCGUCGUCCGCCAACCGGACGCGCUACCAGGUGCUCGUCUACGACAUCACGCGGGUGGGCGUGCGCGGCCAGCGGGAGCCGAGCUAUCUGCUGCUGGACACCAAGACGGUCCGGCUGAACAGCACGGACACGGUGAGCCUCGACGUCCAGCCGGCCGUGGACCGGUGGCUGGCCAGUCCGCAGCGCAACUACGGCCUGCUGGUGGAGGUGCGGACGGUCCGCUCCCUGAAGCCGGCGCCGCACCACCAUGUGCGCCUGCGCCGCAGCGCGGACGAGGCGCACGAGCGGUGGCAGCACAAGCAGCCGCUGCUCUUCACCUACACCGACGACGGGCGGCACAAGGCGCGCUCCAUCCGCGACGUGUCCUCCAGCGGAGGGGGUGAGGGGGGCGGCAAGGGGGGUGGGCGGAACAAGCGGCAGCCGAGGAGACAGCCGCGGCGGAAGAACCACGACGACACCUGCCGCCGGCACUCGCUCUACGUGGACUUCUCCGAUGUCGGAUGGGACGACUGGAUUGUGGCGCCGCUGGGCUACGACGCGUACUACUGCCAUGGGAAGUGCCCCUUCCCGCUGGCCGACCACUUCAACUCGACGAACCACGCGGUGGUGCAGACGCUGGUCAACAACAUGAAUCCCGGCAAGGUGCCGAAGGCGUGCUGCGUGCCCACGCAACUGGACAGCGUGGCCAUGCUCUAUCUCAACGACCAAAGUACGGUGGUGCUGAAGAACUACCAGGAGAUGACCGUGGUGGGCUGUGGCUGUCGAUAGAUUCGCACCACCAUCAUCGCACCUUUGCACCUUUGCACCAUCGCACCACCACCACCACUAGAAAGCACCACCUUGCAACUGCAAUCGCAAAAAGGUGCAAAUGGGUGGAGAUCGCGAGCGAGAGAGCAUCAAAUGCUGUUUGGUUCCAAGCCGUCAAUGCUUUAAACACAACGCAAACAAAAUGGACUGAAUAUUUGAAUUUUAAGUGUAAAUCGUUAGACUUUAGUCGUUAACUAGCGGCAGCCACGCCCACAUCCACGCACCCCUAGAGAAAUCCGCCAGCCAGCCAGCCACCGCCCACCUUGGAUCCUCUGUCGGUUUCCCCAGCCAGGCUGGGGAAAAGUCACAGAUCAGAGCGAUUCGUCGAGAGCCGAUAGCCGAGAGCCUAGUCCACUGUAAAUAGCCGCCAUGCCACGCCCCCAGCCCCCUAAAGAACCACCCAUCCGUCAGAUACUUUCGUAUCUGUGUGAGCUGCUGCUGCCGAGGAAGAUGAAGAGGAAGAGGAAGAGGAGGAGAGGAAGGAGGAGUAAAGUAAGCGUAAGAGCGACCAAUUGAACAAAUUGUAUAAAAAUGCUAAUAUAUAUAUAGACGAGUAUAUAUAUAUAUGUGAAACAACCUUAUCGAUGCGAACUGGUAUCUAUGUAUGUACAUGUUUGUGGAGAGGAGAACUAUUCUACUAGCCGUUUUUGUUAAUAAUUUUAUAAAGCAAUAGCAAACCACUUGUAAAUUAACUAGCGAGAGUGUAAUCGAAUAAUGACUUGAAAUUACCUAGGAACUAUCGAGUAUCGUAGUUGUAGACCGAUGUUGCAUAUGUAACUCUCUUGUAUAUGUACUAAAUACCUAUAUACUUAUAUGCAAUACACACACCAGCACACACACACACACAAACACACUCAUCCAUAAGCACACACACACUCAAACAUAUCGACGAAAGGGUAUUCAAGCCUCGUUCCGAAUUCAACUAAACGUAACUGUAUAAACAAACGUAUGCUCUAUAAAUAUAUGAAUAACUAUUUACAUCGUUAUGCGUUCUAAGCUAAGCUCGAAUAAAUCCGUAAACGUUAAUUAAUCUAGAGAUCUAAGACCUAACGCCUAAGCUCAGCAUGUUGGAUAAAUUAAUAGAAACGAAAGAAAGAGAAAGAAAUGAAAACCCACAAAAAGAAAACCGAUGAGAGGAAAAUAUCGAUUCGUGCCUGAUGUUGCAGAGCACGAUUUGUAUAUGUAAUUUUUCACAUAAACUUUAUUAUUUUAUUUAUUUAAAACAAAGCAUAUUUUUGAUGACGACGAUGAUGAUGAUGAUGCGGGAGCUAUGAGGAAAAGAAAGAAGGAAAAUAUAAAAGAAAAACAAUUU